AUGGCUACUAAAUUGGAUUUUAACAUAUUUUUAACACCAAAAGUUUAUAUAUCACUAGCUGUUAUAGUUUCAGUGAUUAUAAUAUUGUUUAUUGCAAUAUUUGUAUUUCAGUGUUAUCAUAGAAAUUGUUUUAUAACAUUAAAAGAAAUACUCAUUGAAAGUGAUUAUUCAACACAACAAAUUAGUGUUUUAUCUUAUAACCUUUGUAUGAGAGCACCUUUAGUUUCAAAUGAAGGAGAUGAUUUUAAGAAUGUUAGAUUAGAUUUAUUUAUUAAAAAUGUAUUAGAACAUUUUGACAUUAUUUUUUUACAAGACGUUAUUGGGGCAUAUUCAGCUCGAAGAGCACAUUUAAUAGAAUGUGCAUAUGAAAAAGGAUUAACACAUUCAUUAGUAAGUUUAACUCCAAUAUUACCUUGUUUUAUUUGUGAUGGAGGAUUACUUAUAUUAAGUAGAAUUCCUUUAAAAGAUAGAGAUCAAUAUAUCUUUAAAUCAAGGAUAUAUCCAGAAUCAAUUUUAUCUCGAGGUAUCUUAUAUUCAAAAAUUCAACCAAAUGAAUCAACAACAUUACAUAUAUUUAAUACUCAAUUACAAUCAAUUUCUAAUAAUCCCCUUGUUAAUCAAGUACGUCUGAAUCAAUUAGAUGAAUUAGUUAAAUUUAUUUUAUCAAAAACUAGUAAAGAUGAAUAUCCUAUUCUAGUUUGUGGAGAUUUUAGUAUUAAUGCAUUAGCUAAAGCAGAAACAAUUAUUGAUGAAACAUUUUGGGAAAGUGGUGAAACUGAAGAAAGUGAAAUGAAAGAUUCUAUUAAAUAUAUUGAAGAACAAACUGAUGAGUAUGUACAGUUAAUAGACAAAUUAUCAGAUAUUGGAAUUGUUAAAGAUAUUAUUUAUAAUGGUCUUCAUCGUCAUCCAAUUACUACAGGAGAUACAUAUUUUGAUAAUAAUAAUAAAGAACUUCCAUUAGAAACAGUAUUAACAAAGAAAGAGGAUCAAUUAUCUAAACGAUGUGAAGAUUAUAUAUUUCUUAUUAUAAGGUCAAAAGAAAUAGAAAUAGUAAAUCCAUAUAUUCAUACAUAUGAUGUAAAUAAUGAUAAUUUUAAUUUUUUAUCAUCACAUUAUGGAUUAAGUUGUGUUAUUAAUUGUUAA